AUGAACAUCAUCCUGCCCCUCCUGCUCAGUGGGCUCGCACCGUUCCUGGCGGCUGCAGAUGUAUUCUGCGACAAUCUCAAAGUAGUCGCCACCACCCUUCCCAAUAACACAUCCUCCUCUCCAGUACACAUGGGCACGGCCACCGUCGGCAAAGCCCCCGACACGGUCUACGCUCUCGCGCUCUGCCGUGACCCUGUCCUCAACGACUCCGACUGCACCGACUGCAUCGUCGAGACGUUCGAAACUAUUCUGAACUCUACGCCACCGACACAGGAGCAGUGCUUCAAGGAGGCCUACUACGAUGGCGGCUGUACCAUCAUCUACUCCGACCACAUCCUGGGGCCCUCCGAUACCACGGGAGGAAAAGACGACGUGAUAUUUCAGAGUUGGAACGUCAAGAAUGUCACCGCCGGUGGUGACGCGAACCAAGUCGACCUCAUUACUGGCCACAUUCGCGACCUUCUGGUAGGGACUGCGGAAAAGGCGGCUAGCAUGACGCCGAUGCGGUUCGCCACUGGCGUCACUUACACCGGCACGAACUUUCCGUUGGUGUACUCCUUAGCGCAGUGCACGCCGGACCUGUCCCCCGGCGACUGUUUGUCGUGCCUCCAUCUUCUCCUAGACCAGCUCAACUUCAGCAUCUCUCUACAUAUUGGUGGACGGAUGGGUGUCACCCGAUGUUAUUUCAGGUAUGAGGCGUAUAAGUUCUACUACGGAGAACCCACGCUGUUGCCAUCGUCGCCGCCGCCAGCUCCGACUCCGAAAAAGGCCCCCAAACACAGGGGUCAUAUAAGCAAGCUGUUGGCGAUUCCCAUAGUCUUGGCUCCUCUAGCAGCAGCAGCUUUUCUCUGCUUCAACUUUUUCUAUCGUCGACUCACUAGACAAAGAAGAGGUAUAGUGAUGAGAUUACAAGAAACAAGAUGUGUUCAGAAUUUGGAGGGAGACGAACAACUAGUUUGGCAAGGGAAGAAUUCAGAGUUAUUGGUGUUUCGAUUUGAGCAGCUACUGGAUGCCACAAAUAAUUUUUCAGAAGAGAACAAACUUGGACAAGGUGGCUUCGGUGCUGUCUACAAGGGUAAGCUUCCUGAGGGCUUGGGGAUAGCGGUUAAAAGGCUUGCUUCUCAUUCAGGCCAAGGAUUCAUAGAGUUCAAAAACGAGGUACAGUUCAUAGCCAAACUCCAACAUAGGAAUCUGGUUAAACUAUUGGGAUGUUGCUCCGAAGAACCUGAGAAAAUAUUGGUCUAUGAAUAUUUACCAAACAAAAGUUUGGACUUCUUCAUAUUCGAAGAAAAAAGAAGAGCUUUAUUGGACUGGUCCAAACUUUUAACAAUAAUUGAAGGAAUAGCUCAUGGACUUCUCUACCUACAUAAGCACUCCCGGUUGCGUGUCAUACAUCGAGAUCUAAAACCAAGCAACAUCCUCUUGGACAACGAAAUGAAUCCAAAAAUUUCAGAUUUUGGGCUAGCAAAAAUAUUCAGUUCAACAAACCCCGAUGGAAACACUACAAGGAGAGUGGUUGGUACAUAUGGCUAUAUGGCUCCCGAGUAUGCUUCGAAGGGUGUCUUCUCUAUUAAAUCCGACAUCUUCAGCUUUGGUGUUGUUAUUCUCGAGAUCCUCAGCGGAAAACGAAAUUCUCGUCGCCAACAAUGUGGAGAUUACAUUAAUCUUCUUGGAUACGCAUGGAAAUUAUGGGACGAGGGAAGGUGGAUUGAUCUUGUUGAUGCAUCAUUGGUUCCCAAGAGUCAAUCACAGAAGAUGAUGAGGUGCAUUAACAUAGCAUUACUGUGUACGCAAGAAAAUGCAUCUGAUCGACCAACCAUGUCAGAUAUUGUUGCAAUGUUAAGUAGUGAGAGUAUGAUCAUUGCUAAGCCUAAGCAACCUGCAUAUUUCAAUGUAAGGGUGGGAGCUGAAGAGCCAUCCGCUGCUCUUGAGUCAUGCAGUAUUAAUAGUAUGACGAUAUCUAUCACAAUGCCAAGAUAG